AUGGUUCAGCCAACACGACCUCCAGCCAACGGCUUUGUUGCAGCAGCACGGAAAGUCUACAAUCCAUUGGGUUUCGCCAAAGGCUACAACUUCGUCCUCUUUUUCAUCUUCUUCGGCGCUUUCAUGGGAUUUACACUCGCCCGCUUUGAGUACCUCAACUUCAGCAUUUUCUGUGGACCCGGCGGUGCAGCCCCUGGGGAGUGUUUCUACUACCAGAAGCGAAUCGAGCAGAUCGGCAUCAAGAUGCAUCUCGGCGCCAUCCUCCCGGCCAGCUUUCUAGCUUGUUUCCAAUUUGUUCCAGUCAUUCGUCACAAGGUGCUGCUCUUCCAUCGCAUCAACGGUUAUCUCAUCAUACUAUUGUCCCUCGUCAGCACAGCGGGCAUUUUCAUGUUCUUGCGAAACGCAUUCGGAGGCGGGAUCGAAACACAAACAGGCGUCGGCCUCCUAUCGAUCAUGUUCAUCGGCUCAAUGAUGUUGGCGUUUAUCAACAUCAAGAAGCUUCAGAUUGAGCAACACAGAGCUUGGAUGUUACGAGCUUGGUUUUACGCCGGAUCCAUCAUCACUAUUCGUCUAAUUCAGAUCACUGCAGCUACCAUCAUCAGCAACAUGGGAACCUACUAUGUAUCGCGUCCCUGCGACCAAGUUGCGUUCAUGGUAGACAACAUGAACAGAACACUGGCUCUGUACCCGGACUGUGCCUCAUACUUUUCAGGAGAGAAUCCGGGUCAGCAAACAGUCGUUCACGCCGACCUUCCCGGCGCAACAUCGGCUGCUGAAGCUGGAGCAGCCACCGGCAUGGUCUUCGGGAUGGCUGUCUGGCUGGCCCUGGCUAUUCAUGCCAUCGGGAUCGAGAUUUAUCUGCAUCUCACACCUGCAGAGGCUGAAAGACUUCGCAACGUCUCUUAUAAGAGACAACUCGAAGCUGGGCUCCAUCCUGCCGGAAGAGCCGGAAUUACAGCCGACCGGAUUGGAGACUCUGAGAAGUGGCAGCCAGGGGAUAGGCCGGGCCAGAUCCCUCACAAGCCGUCCCAGGAUGACUCAAUUUCGCAGCUUGCAUCUCACUGA